GACUUUUCAAAACGAUCGAUCGACGCUAUAUAUAUAUAUAUAUCCUGCAAUCCUCUGGUUAACUUGUGAUCAAUAUCAGCUAGCCAUGGCGGCAUUGCUCGGUGAGAUAACGCUCCUCCUCGGUGUCCUUGCGCUGUUCAGCGGAGCCGCCGUCGACGCUCAGCUGUCGCCGACGUUCUAUAGCAGUUCAUGCCCCAACCUGCAGUCCGUCGUGCGAUCCGCCAUGACGCAGGCCGUCAACCGGGAGAGGAGAAUGGCUGCCUCCAUCCUCCGCCUCUUCUUCCAUGACUGCUUCGUCAAUGGAUGUGACGGAUCGAUUCUUCUGGACGACACGUCCACUUUCACCGGCGAGAAAAACGCCGGUCCGAAUGUGAACUCUGUGCGUGGCUUCGAAGUCAUCGACACCAUCAAGGCCAACGUGGAAUCCGCUUGCCGAGCCACCGUCUCCUGCGCCGAUAUUCUCGCGCUCGCCGCCCGUGAUGGGGUUGUCCAGCUUGGUGGACCGACAUGGACGGUGCAACUAGGACGGAGGGACGCGAGGACGGCCAGCCAAAGCGCGGCAAACAGCAACCUCCCUGGCCCCGGCUUCAGCCUCGCCCAGCUGGUGGCGGCGUUCUCGGCCAAGGGCCUGAGCGCGCGUGACAUGACCGCGCUUUCCGGCGCGCACACCAUCGGGCAAGCUCGGUGCGCCACCUUCCGCUCCCACAUCUACACCGACAGCAACAUCAACAGCAGCUUCGCGGCGCUGCGCAGGCGGAACUGCCCGUCCUCAGGCGGCGAUUCCAACCUUGCGCCGCUCGACCUCCAGACUCCCGUGGGCUUCGACAAUAGGUACUACCAGAACUUGGUGGCGCAACAGGGGCUGCUGCACUCCGACCAGGAGCUCUUCAAUGGAGGGUCUCAGGAUGCAUUGGUCCGCCUUUACAGCACCAAUCCGGCGACCUUUAAUUCCGACUUCACGGCGGCCAUGGUGAGGAUGGGAAACAUCAGCCCCUUGACAGGAAGCAGAGGAGAGAUUAGAGUAAAUUGCAGGAGGGUGAACUGAACUGAGAUUAGAUCAUAUAUACGUUUUUGUAUUUAUAUUUGUAUUUGCAUAUAUGUAUUGUGAUGAUCAAAAUAAAAUAAAAUA